UAAAUAUAUCGCACUUUACCAGGAACCACAUACGCAGCAGUCUCCAACAUGACUGAGCAGCUCCCCCCAUAUACUACGAUUCCCCAGCCAGAGCCCGAACCACCGCAGUACACUCUUCCAGAGACAUUCAACAUCGGACGAUGCAGCACGCGGCACCUCGUCCGCCCGGAUCAGCUCAAGGCCCAUCUUCAGCUUCUGGCAGCGUUCAGCCACCUUAAGCAGCAGGUCGUUGCCAGCGAGAGCCUUGUCGCAGGAUUAGAGUCGGACAGUGAGAAACGUUGGGUAUGGUUCGUCAAUUUGGCCGUAGAACGGUUUGAGAGGUGGUGUUUGACAAUCAAGCAAUCUGAUACGGUGGAGCAACGAUUGCCUCCCAUUGAUGUCACUAUGGUGUGGCACGCCUAUCUCCUGAAUCCGAGCUGGUAUGCGGAAGACACCGCGCGGAUCUCCAAGCUCAAACCUCUUGCUCAUUUCACUGAUUACUUUCCUAACCUCCUCGCUAACCCUGAUCUACUAACCACUGACGCACCCCGACAUGAACGCGUCUCUGCUUGGGAGCGCCGUACCAAAUCUCCGUAUGACCCAUUUGCAUCUGCUGCGGAUCUCACGCACAAAUCUAUCGAGUGCCCUUACUGUGAUCGCACUAUUCUUUCGCCGUUCUUGCAGUCUAACGGGAAGGGAUACGCCCAGAGCAACUUUAGCGUCGAGUGUGAAUGUGCUCAACCAAUUACCAAAGAACUUCUCGGCCUAUACAAGUUUGCGAAAAACAUAGUUGAACCAACAGCGCCUGAUACAUAUUUGGCUGGAACUCUACAUACGCCACGUAGCACCUACGACACCGGGCGCGGAGACACGAUCAAGAAGCGCGUCCUCAGCUCGUAUAUCAUUUUCCAGAAGAACGAUGCAAGUGAUCCCGUGCGCCAGAUCUUGAUAAACGUCCAGUAUGAUACUACACGCAUGCGUACCGUGCUGAACAAGCACUUGAAGCCAAGAUUGUUGAAUAAGAUCAUGGGUGCCUACACCGACGACAGGGUAUUUUCACUCGAUUUGGUCGGUGCUGUCCUCCGGCAAGCAUCGUUUGUGAAGAAGAUGGUCAACCUUGGGUGGACCGAGCCAGGAUAUUUUACUAACGAGGUAGAUGCAGUGGCGCUGCAACAUUGUAUAGCUCGGUAUCAUGCCUUUUUGAACAUCAUGGCAGAGUCGCCUGCCUCGUUCUUUGUGCCCACGCUUGACAUCGAUCUCGGGUGGCAUACCCAUCAACUCAUGGCGAGUCGGUAUCAAAACGACUGCCUCUCGCUCGUAGGACGAUACGUUAAUCACGAUGAUAAAGUGGAAGAAGGUCAACUCGCGACCUCCUUCGACAUUACCUGUCGUGCUUGGAACAACCGUUAUCGCGUACCCUACAUGCACUGCGGGUGUCCACUACCAGGAGACACAAUCGGCCAAAAGCUCCGACGUCUCCUCUCCUCUCAAACCACCAGCAACGUGCUUUUACUCCCUCCCAAAUCCGACGCACGUGCUGCUACGCACCCGAGCGACCACAAUGCUGUGUUUGCCCUGCACAACAUGUCCGCAAGCCUGCGUCAGCGGGAGAACCGUGCACGCAAGGCAGAGAUGCGGAGGCUGCAGGCAGAGCGGAACGGGAGGAUUGUGAAGAGGGAUGGGGAUGUUGAUCAUGGGAUUGCAUUUUUAUAUCCUGUGCCGAUGUUUUAUUACUACCCUGGUGGGUGCGUUGCUGCUGCUGGAGCGGUGGUGAAUGGAGGUUUGGGGUGUGCAGCGGUGAGUGUCGCUGUAUUUGGAUAAUGAGGGAUGCUGAUAUCAGGCUUACAGGGGGCGGGCGGCUGCUCGAUUGGUGCUGGUGGUUGUGGGACGGGAUGUGGUGGUG